ACUGACUUGAUCAAACUGUUCAGGACAGUAAAAUCUUGCAUGCAAGCCUUCAGAAUUUACAACAAAGGGCAAAGGUCCUUUACUGCGCUGGCUGCACCAAGGGUGACGUGGGUAUUCAUCUCUUACUGCGAGCAGAACAAAAGGGGGACCAUGGGCCAGCCCCAGCAAUUUCUCCGCCUGCUGUGGUUGGUCUCUUUUGUAGCAAUAUAUACAAAGAAUAACGAUGCUGCAGUUGCUGUGGAAGAUACACAUGUCCAUAACUUAACCGACAAAUCUCUGAAGACGAUCCCUCCUAGCAUCAGCAACUCAUCUGUUACUAGUCUUGUGAUUGAGAGGAAUCAGAUUACUUUAACCAGUGGGGAUAGACAUUGCCUGGCCAGCUAUCCCCGACUGGUGGCCCUCCACCUGGAUGGUAACCAGGUGACCCAUAUACCAGCUAGGUACUUGUCUGUUGUACCCAAACUCAGCGUGCUGUCACUAUCAAGGAAUCAAAUCAGCAGCCUACAACCCGAGUCUUUCUAUGGCCUAAACGACCUCACAGUGCUGAACCUGUCGCACAACCUGCUGACAAGUCUUCCUGCAAAGUUAUUCAGCAAGCUUAAUAAUCUACAGACGGUAGACCUACAAGACAACCCAUGGAAUUGUUCCUGCCAGCUGCUGAGCACCAUUGAAGAGAUAAGAGCCGCAGGUGUCACCAUUGUAGGGUCAAAUAUUAAAUGUGCUUCACCAGAGCAACAGGCUGGAAUGCAUCUUUUUGAGGCUCUCACUAAGUGCUAUCCAACAUCAUCACCUUCCUCCACUGUGGACCCCCAAAACCCACCAACGGGCACAACAGGGCACUCUCAACAACCAAAGGUGUCAAAAAUGAUGCUGACCACCAGCCCAAACAACAGCGACGAAAAGCAUGUGUCCGGAAACACGUGGAGAUUCACAGCGUGUGUUGCAGCCUUGGCACUGACUACAUCCAUGCUCAUCGUGUGCGCCAUCAAAGCCCCCUCCUGGUAUCGGCUCUUCCGUAAUUACAGACAUAGACGACUGCGGCAAGAAGAGAACCGACAGGGGCGCACGGCUUCAAGCAUCUAUUCAGAGACGGGGAGAUACAUGAACCAUCAGACGUUUACCUUUGAGCACCAUGGGGCUGAGGGCGAAGAGGAUGUGCACUACUUUGAGGAUCCUUACAUCAAGACCGAGGAGUAACCUAAAUAGAUAACUGUGUCAAGGACAAGCGGUUAACUACUUGACCCUGAGGAUUAAAUCGAAGAUUUGAGGCAAAGUGGACCACACAGAAUUAGUAUAGUACCCAAAAUUGCAAAAAAAAAAAAUACCACCAUUAUUUCUUUCUUUUAAUAUCAAUUUAAGAAAUGAAAGCAAAUCUAUUCACUGGUCGAUUUCCAAGUAAAACUAUAGCUCUUUGGUGAUCUGAUUAUCUUAUAUUCCUAGAGCUGGAAUAUGGGGGUCCUGUUAUUUUGAGGGACCUCCAGCAUUAAAUGGACCCCUAGGUUUUGUGCAUUUUGCUGCCUGUUCCUGUCCAACACACGAAACCCUAGCAAAGGACACACGAUGACGUGAAGACAGUCAUUAAAUUUAGAGUCAGUGAGCUCAAAAGCACAUGUUAAACUCUUACAAAAUACUUACUCUCUUCUCUCAAUAAAGAUGCUGUCAAUGCUUUCAGCCUCUCUGUCAUUCUGAGCUUUUAACUAGUUGGAGGAAAGAAAGCGAAAGUAUAUUACAAUGGAUCAUUUGCCAUUUCUUUACUUGUGCAUUGUUUACUUUAGGUUCUUUGAUCUCUGCAUCAUUUAAUGACAGCGAUGCUUAUAUUUUAUGUUUACGAAAAACACUUACACUGUUGUAGUCGUUGAUCAUUUCCUCCAUGUCUGCGUUGGUGUUAAGCUUGUCCAUCAACUACAAAUAAAAUGACAAAAAAAUAAAAA